AUGCAAGAAACGCUGUUGCAUAUUUCGAUAGCAUCAGUCCUCCUACCUCUUCGGCUUUCCUUUAACUGUCUCGAAAUGAGGGUGCUUUUGCUCGUACUGGUCUCGGUCAUCUCUACAAGUGGAUACCUUUCUCCAUCCAUAACUUCGAAGCUUCGCUCCCAGGGUCUGGAUGUCGAUGAACUUCUCGAAAUUCGGAAGCAGUUGGAUGAAGUGAAAGAGGAAGCUAGAGCAGAGAUAGCUCUUACUCCAGAAAAACAAAUCGAGUUACAAGAAAAGUUUAAGGCAAGAAAAAAGAAAAUUUCUGGAUGUGAUUUUCUACUUAAGAUUUAUAUUACAAAUAAUGUGCUUCAGGAUGUAAGCAAAAUCAAACUGGAUGAUGAAAAAAACACUGAUGAAACAAUAGAAAAAGCUAAUGAGGAGAGUGGGAUUUCAGAGCUGUUGUAUCAAGGAGACAUAGUCCUAACGAGAGUACAAGCUGAGGAAAUUGUAGAAGAAAUCAAACACGAUGCAGGGACUCAACGUUCAAAACGUCAGGCGUACCGUGAUAGAUGGUAUCCCAUCACUGUAUGGACAAACGGUGUCAACUAUUUCUUCCAUCAAAAUGCAACUCAUGGAACACGAAGUAUAUUCCUGAAAGCAGUGGAGCUGUGGAGGAGCCAAACUUGUAUAGAUUUUCACGAGAAUCCCUACGCUGAGGAUAGGAUUGGCGUGUUUAAGGGAGUGGGAUGCUGGUCCCAUGUUGGUAGGACCGGCACCGAGCAAAGCCUGUCCUUAGGGGAACGGUGCGAAAAUCUGAGAAAUGCUGCACACGAAAUUGGUCAUUCGCUUGGUCUUUUCCAUACACAGUCUAGACAUGAUCGUGACAGUUACAUUACAUUCAACGCACACAAUGUCCAGGACGGAUGGGUCAGUCAAUUCAACAAAGAAACCACGGACACCAAUUACAACUAUGGAAUAGAAUACGAUUACGGAAGUAUUAUGCACUAUGGAGCACAUAGCUCGUCACGAAAUAGUCUUCCCACAAUGAUCCCGCGAGACACCAAAUAUUUGGAGACCCUUGGUUCAGCGAUUAUUUCGUUCAAUGAUCUCUUCAUGGUAAACACACAUUACAACUGCACAAAGAAGUGCAACCCAGACACUUCCGCCAAAUGCCAGAUGAAUGGAUACCCGCAUCCUCGAAACUGCGCAAAAUGCAUCUGCCCUGGCGGAUAUGGAGGCGAUCUAUGCGACAAAAGGCCGGAUGACGGAUGUGGAGAAGUGCUCAUGGCAAACACAUCCUACCAGUACCAGGACGUUGAAGUUGGAGAUCGCAAUGCAGGAUUUAAUAAAAGAGUAGAACUAACCACGUGCACUUACUGGAUCCAGGCACCAAAAGGAUCAAAAGUCGAAGUGAAGAUUGAAAAGUUGAACGCAGGACUGAUCAAUGAUGGCUGCCACUAUGGAGGAGUUGAAAUUAAGAGCCAAGAAGACCAGCGUCUUACUGGUUACAGGUACUGUCGCCAAGAAGAUACAAAUGUCAUCCUGGAAUCAACCCACAAUAUCGUCCCAGUUAUCUUCUUCAACCGGUACUACGUAUCUGAAGUGAAAAUACGUUAUCGGGCCGUUCCUGGAGAUGAUGGGACGGAUGACACUUCUGUCCCACCGGAAUCUGAGACAACUACUACCCCGACAAAACCUGUAACUGCUAUCCGUCCACGGCCUCAGACUCGACCAUCACGUAGAUGCGCUGACACGAACAGGAGGAUACCCCUUGCCUUCCAACAACUCGUUUCAAUAUGGGUCUAUGAUAUUAGAUCUGUUGUUGUUGUUGUUGUUUACACCACUUUCCCACCGCUAGCCAGAAAUGACAGCACAACAGAACUUGCUUAA